UUACCCAAUAAUACCCCCUGAUUCCUCCCUGAUGCGGGGUUUACUUUACAUACACAGCCCGCUGCCACAACCGAGCUUAUUCACUCUUUUAUUGGUCGUCUCCGCGGUCACCAUCGUUGCUCCGCCGCGUCUGCCCACCAUCUUCAUUCUCGUUCUGCUUACAUCCUUGCCAUUACUAUAGGAUCAGUAACUUGAAAGCUCUCAGCUUUUUCCUUAGCCCAUACAAAGUUAGCUCACAGCUGAUAGUUUCCUGAGGUUGGUUAGCCGGAAACUGCAAAUUUGUCCAUUUAUCUGAGUGGUUCUGUUGUUAGAGAGUUAGAAGAAAAUGAUGGGUUGCUGCUCAAAUUUUGGUGUGUCGCACGUUGUUAAUGUGAGUAAAGAAGCUGUUUUGAGGAGGCUAGGAAAUCAAAGCUUAUGCUCAAAUAACUUGAGUUUCAGUAAUGUGUUAAAACGUGCCACUUUUCCUAUCUUUUGUGUAAAUGAGUGCCGUGGUAAUGUCUCUCUACAAAAGACAGAAAGAAUUGUGAUAAUGUGUCUGUCACAGCAACCAGAUGAGUCCCAAUUCAACGUAACUACAAUAAAAGUUUCAGAAGGGGGAGGUGAAAAUGUCUUGGAAAAUGGCCAUAAAUGUUGUGAUAAUGAGUCUGACUCCAAAACUGAUGGAUGUGAGAAAAAUGGAGUCAUGUUUGAAGGUGGUGGUGGUGAUGGGAGCUUUGGAAGUGGUGGAGGAGGAGGCAGUGGUGGUGGUGGUGGUGAUGAUGAAGAAGAGGAGGAGUUUGGGCCGAUAUUGAAAUAUGAUGAGGUAAUGAGAGAGACAGAAGCGCGUGGGGCUACUCUUCCUUCAGAUAUGUUAGAGGCUGCUAAGAGUGUGGGAAUUCGCAAGGUGCUUCUCCUUAGAUAUUUGGAUCUGCAGGGAUCUAUCUGGCCUCUAGGUUUUGCUAUGAAAUCAUUUUCUAUGCUUCGAAAUAGAAUGCUGGCUGAUCCAUCUUUUCUAUUUAAAAUUUUUUCAGAGAUAGUCAUUGAUUCUACUUGUGCAACUGUUGCUGAAGUUCAAAAGAGAGGCAAAGAUUUUUGGUCCGAAUUUGAGCUGUAUGUUGCAGAUCUUCUGGUUGGGACAGUCGUUAAUGUUGCUUUGGUAGGUAUGUUGGCUCCCUAUGCUCGAAUUGGGAGACCAUCAAUAUCCAAGGGACUGCUUGGAAGAAUGCAACAAGCUUAUGCAUCUUUGCCUAGCAGUGUGUUUGAAGCAGAAAGGCCAGGAUGUAAAUUUUCUGUACAACAGAGAAUUGGAACAUACUUCUUCAAGGGCAUAAUGUACGGAGCUGUUGGAUUUGGAUGUGGUAUUAUAGGUCAAGGCAUCGCAAAUUUGAUCAUGACUGCUAAGCGGAGCAUAAGGAAAUCUGAAGGGGACAUACCUGUGCCACCUCUUGUGAAAAGCGCAGCUCUUUGGGGCGUAUUUCUUGGUGUUUCUUCGAAUGCCAGAUAUCAGAUUGUAAAUGGCCUGGAGCGUGUAGUAGAGGCAACUCCAAUUGCGAAGAAGGUUCCCCCCGUUGCUUUGGCAUUCACUGUUGGGGUGAGAUUUGCCAACAAUGUCUAUGGUGGCAUGCAGUUUGUUGACUGGGCAAGGUGGAGUGGGGUCCAAUAGUUGUAUUAUUAUCAUCCUGUUCUCCAGAAUUUCAGAUGUACCAUUUUUAACCAUUAGAUUUGAAUUGGUGAGAGUUCACAAGCAUAUCUGAACUGGAAGACAUCAAUAAAGCUACGAUCUCUGUGGGUGUUAGUGGGGUGCAGUAGUUGUAUAAUUAUCAUCUUGUUCUCCAGAACUUCAGAUAUACCAUUUUUAACCAUUAGAUUUGAAUUGGUGAGAGUUCGCAAGCAUAUCUGAACUGGAAAACAUCAAUAAAGCUACAAUCUCUGCGGGUGUUCUUCACACACAUGGAUGGAUUCUCUUGUACUCCUUUCACCAUGGAUCCGUUAAUAAAUCUUCUAGCCGUUUUUCUUUGGGCCGAUAA